AUGCGGCUCCUAUGGAGGCGACGACUUGGGGAGCUAGCGAGGAUGGACGCUGGGACAGACCAUGAAAGGAUGCCCGGAGGAGCAGAUCAUCCCUGUAUAGCAGCGAGUUUGACCCUUCUAUUUUCAGCGGUAAGAAAAUCAGAUUCGUUAUUCACUUGUCCAAAUUCAUCCACAGUCGUGGUAGGGCUUGACGUCUAUGUUGCUGACAAAAUUCUCAUGAUGUUUGGAGGUUCUCGAUGGAGUUUGGAGGGGAGCUUAGUGGAUGGAGGGAAAUCAGACUUGAGGUAG